CAACAAAGUACUUUGCAUUGCAUUACAAUCUGAUUAUGAGCUGUAGCAGGGCGUUCGUUGAGCCUUUGAUUAGGAGAGAGAAUGCAAAAAGAAAAAAAAAAAUUGAUUUUUAUAUGAUAUUUUCUUUGUUUGUGAAAUGAUAAAUAUAUCAUACAACAUGUUGGACAUCUUACAGGGGAAAAAAAGCCUGGUCAUGGGCCAUGGCAAUCCACAUUCCACACCCACCUUUUAUUCUAUCCUCUCUUUCUCUCUCUUACCUCUUCACGCUUUGCUUCUCUCUUACUCCAGCAAUUUUCAUUUGCCCACUGACUUUUUCCUCCUAAAUCUUCAAACAACCCAUUUGCUGAAAGAGAGUGUCUCUACUGGACCAUUUGAAACUUCUUCUGUGGUCACUUUGUAGAGGAGGGCAUGCACUACAGGUUAUGUUAUUGCUAAGUUUGGAUAGAGACUCUUAAAUCCAGAAAUGGGUUCGGGGAAUUGGAUUAAGACGAUAAUCAGAUUAAAGAAAACGAAGAUUGGCAGUUCAAAGAAAGGGAAGAAGAAGGGACUGCGAAGUUUUGCCAAUGGUGGUACUUGUGGAACUAAUGGUUGCCUUGAUAUGCCAAUCGAGGAUAUAGCUGCAACUAGAAUUCAAACAGCCUUUCGUGCAUAUAUGGCUAGGAAAGCUUUACGUCGAUUAAGAGGGACAGUAAGAUUACAAGCCCUGAAACAAGGUUACCCUGUUCACAAACAAGCUACGACUACAUUGGGCCAUCUACAUUCAUGGUGCAAGAUACAGGCCCAGAUUAGAGCUCGCCGACUCUGUAUGGUAACAGAGGGGCGAAUCAAACAGAAGAAACAAGAGAAUCAACUAAAGCUUGAGGCAAGGUUACAUGGUCUAGAGGUGGAGUGGUGUGGUGGGGCUGAAACAAUGGAUGAAAUUCUUGGAAGGAUAUAUCAAAGAGAAGAAGCAGCAGUUAAAAGAGAGCGGGCUAUGGCAUAUGCUUUUUCUCAUCAGUGGAGGGCAAACUGUAGUCAGAGCCAAGGGUUGGGUAGUGAUGAACUUGGCAAAGCUAAUUGGGGUUGGAGCUGGAAGGAACGUUGGAUUGCUGCUCGUCCGUGGGAAAGCCGUGUCCCUACUAAGUUCAUUAGCCCAAAAAAAGUGAAAAGCAAGCAGGACACCAAAGUUGGGAAAACGGUGAAUUCACCAUCACCAAAAACUCCAACACCAAAAGCUCCAACUCCGGUUAAGGUUCCUUCAUCAAAUGGGAAAAGAACUAUGAAGCCCCGGAGAUUAUCUUUCCCAUCUUCUGAAAAGUCACUUGCAGUUGAAGGAAACACUAAAACAGAAGAGGCUAACACCAAGAAAGAAGAAUUGGUGUCUUAGUUACGAGCCAAUGCCAAGGAGUCAUUAAAAUUAAUGUCCAUCCAAUUUUAUCAGUUGAAACCACAGACAGUGAGGGAAGAGCCAUUCUUUAUUAAUGUACUUCUGAUUAUGUAAAUGAUCUUGUGUGAAAGUUAACAUGCUUUCGGCGUGAAAUGGAGAAUAAUAGAAGAGGCCCGGUUUUGGGAUUGGCCACCAGGUCAUCCUUCUAUUUUCUUUUUCUUUCCA